AUGGCAUUUCCUUUCAUGCGAGCAUUUGUCGCACUCUUUUUCUAUCGCUAUUUUCGCCUCGUGGUGAACCUUCUCUCCUUUUGGACCUUCAAGCCGAUCCCACCACCGGAAAACCCGAAGCUGACCUCGCAAGAUGUGACGGUAAUCAUCCCAACCCUGGAGGGCUGUGGUGAUGAGCUGGUGGAGACAAUCCGAACGAUUCUGGAAAACCAACCGUACGAGCUUCUCCUGGUGACGAUCGAGGCCAAUCGGAACAAGGCCGAAAAGAUGCUGAGCGCGAUGCCGGCAUCCAAAUCGAGGAUUCGGCUCUUCACCGUGACGCAUCCCAACAAGCGGCGGCAGAUGACUCGGGCGAUCCCCGAGGUGACCACGGCUAUUACGCUGCUGGCCGAUGACGAUGUGAGCUGGCCAGGCACUUUGCUGCCAUGGAUUCUGGCGCCCUUUGAGAAGGAUGACAAGUACGGCGGAGUGGUGACUUGCCAGCGACUGCGUCGAGCUAUUGCACCUACCCUCUCACAACGCGUCUGGGGUUUCUUGGGGGCGUUGUACCUGGAGCGACGCAACUUUGACUGUGGAGCGACCACCCAUGUGGAUGGAGGGCUGCCUUGCAUGUCGGGACGCAGCGUUGCGUAUCGGACCAAGAUCCUCCAGAAUGAGGGCUUUACCUUUGCUUUCACGAAUGAGGAAUGGUGGUGGGGGAAAUACCAACUCAAUGCCGACGACGACAACUUUAUCACUCGCUGGAUGGUCUCUCAUGGCUGGGAAACGUACAUGCAGUACCACCCCGAGGCCGAGGUGCUCACCACCUUGGAGGACAACCCUCGAUUUUUGAAGCAAUGCGCCCGGUGGUCUCGAAGCAACUGGAGGAGUAAUCUUACCAGUAUGUUUCACGAGAAGCACAUCUGGUAUCGUCAGCCUUGGAGCUCGUACGCCGUCCACUUGACCACCUUGUCUCCUCCAGCCUUCCUGGGGGAUCUGCUCCUGGUCUGGUUGUGUCACAAGGCUACUGGAUCGUGGGGGGAUCUUCUGCAUGAUCGGGCAAUGAGUGCCCUCGUGUUGUGGAUGUUUACCAGCAAGUGGAUCAAACUGCUGGGCCACUACAUCCGCUAUCCGGUGGAUGUCUUGCUCCUGCCCGUGUCGAUUCUCUUUGGAUAUUUCCACGGCGGCAUCAAGAUGUACGCCGUGCUCACCCUCAACGUGACUACAUGGGGUAGCCGGGAUGGCGCCGACGAUUAUGACGCAGAGCGCAUGAAGAAGCGAACCGAUGCCGAUCGCAUGAAGCAACCUUACUACCCCAGCUAUCUCACCAAAUAA